GUUGUUCCAGAAGAAGAAGACAACGAUGGCGGCAGAGCCUUCGAAGCCUGGGACCUCUCGGUCUGCCUAUCAGCGGAUGGGAAGGAAGGGUCAGCACUGGGGUGCCCCUGAAAUCCAGUGCACCAGGUGUGGAAGGAGGGUAUCCAGAGCAUCCGGUCACCACUGUGAACUUCAAUGUGGACAUGCUUUUUGUGAACUAUGCUUGUUAAUGACUGAAGAAUGCACCACAAUUGUAUGCCCUGUUUGUGAGGUUGCUACAGCUGUAAAUACUAGACAAGGCUGCUAUCCAAUGGCUGGAUAUGUUAAAGAAGACUCCGUAAUGGAAAAACGGCAGCCUAAAACGAUAAAGAAUUGUUCUCAGGACUUUAAGAAGACUGCUGAUCAGCUAACUACUGGUUUAGAACGUUCAGCCUCCACGCCCAGGACUGUUGUGAGCUCAUCAUCUGUAAUGUUGGCGCUUGAACACAUGCAGAAGCAAACGAUAGAGGAGAGAGAAAGAGUUGCAGAAGUUGUGGAGAAACAGUUUGACCAACUUUUGGCUUUUUUUGAUGCCAGGAAAAAGAACCUGUGUGAAGAAUUUGCAAGAACUACUGAUGAUUAUCUAUCAAAUUUAAUAAAGGCUAAAAGCUACAUUGAAGAGAAAAAAAACAAUUUGAAUGCAGCUAUGAACAUAGCAAGAGCAUUACAAUUAUCACCUUCUCUAAGAACAUACUGUGACCUGAAGCAGAUUAUCCAGACUUUGAAGUUAACAUCAGAUAGUGAAUUAGCACAAGUUAGUUCUCCACAACUAAGGAACCCUCCCAGGUUGAGUGUGAAUUGCAGUGAGAUCAUCUGUAUGUUCAACAAUAUGGGAAAGAUUGAAUUUGGGGACUCAGCAAAAUGUUAUCCCCAAGAAAAUGAAAUUAGACAGGAUAUUCAAAAGAAAUAUAAUAACAAAAAGGGACUUUCUUGUUACGAUACAUACCCACCACUAGAAAAGAAAAAGGCUGACAUGUCUGUCGUAACCAAUGAAGCACCACCACCUCCUUUGCAACCUGAGACAAAUGAUGUACAUUUAGAAGCAAAAAUCUUCCAGCCACAGAAAGACGUUGUUGCAACAGCAUCCCCUAAAACCAUUGCUGUGUUACCUCAGAUGGGAUCUAGCCCUGAUGUGAUAAUUGAAGAAAUUAUUGAAGACAACAUGGAAACAUGCAGCACCGAUGAUCUUGGGGAGACACCUAGAUAUCCAAAAAAGCCUCUUCAGAAAAACUCACCUGUUCCUUUUGGAUCAAAAGCAGGUUCUGCAGAGCUGGUUUUUGUAAGCCAUGUAAUAGAUCCUUGCCAUUUCUACAUUCGGAAGUAUUCACAAAUCAAAGACGCAAAAGUACUGGAAAAGAAGGUGAAUGAAUUUUGCAAUAGGAGUUCACACCUUGAUCCUUCAGACAUGUUGGAACUAGGUGCAAGAAUAUUUGUCAACAGUAUUAAAAAUGGAAUGUGGUGUCGAGGAACUAUCACAGAAUUAAUUCCAAUAGAGGGUAAAAAUACCAGAAAACCUUGUAGCCCACCCAGAUUAUUUGUCCAUGAAGUUGCACUAAUACAGAUAUUCAUGGUAGAUUUUGGAAAUUCUGAAGUCCUGUUUGUCACAGGAGUUGUUGAUACCCAUGUGAGACCGGAACACUCUGCUAAACAACAUAUUGCACUAAAUGAUUUAUGUCUGAUUCUAAGGAAAUCUGAACCAUAUGUUGAAGGGCUGCUAAAAGACAUCCAGCCGUUAGCACAACCAUGCUCAUUGAAAGACAUUGUUCCACAGAAUUCGAAUGAAGGCUGGGAAGAGGAAGCUAAAGAGGAAUUUCUGAAAAUGGUUAAUAACAAGGCUGUUUCAAUGAAAGUUUUUAGAGAAGAAGAUGGUGUGCUUAUUGUAGAUCUGCAAAAACCACCACCAAAUAAAAUAAGCAGUGAUAUGCCUGUGUCUCUUAGAGAUGCACUAAUUUUUAUGGAAUUAGCAAAGUUUAAGUCACAAUCACUAAGAAGUCACUUUGAAAAAAAUACUACUUUACACUAUCAUCCACCUAUUUUGCCUAAAGAAAUGACAGAUGUUUCAGUAACGGUUUGUCAUAUAAAUAGUCCUGGAGAUUUCUAUCUUCAGUUGAUAGAAGGCCUGGAUUUUUUAUUUCUGUUAAAGACAAUUGAGGAAUUCUAUAAAAAUGAAGCUGGAGAAAAUCUGGAAAUCCUCUGUCCAGUUCAAGAUCAAGUCUGUGUAGCUAAAUUCGAAGAUGGAAUUUGGUACCGAGCAAAAGUUACCGGAUUGCCUGGACAUCAGGAAGUUGAAGUUAAAUAUGUGGACUUUGGUAAUACUGCAAAAAUAACAAUUAAAGACGUGCGUAAAAUAAAGGAUGAGUUUCUGACUGUCCCAGAGAAGGCAAUUAAAUGUAAGUUGGCCUAUAUUGAACCAUAUAAAAGGACAAUGCAGUGGUCCAAAGAAGCUAAAGAAAAAUUUGAAGACAAGGCUCAAGAUAAAUUUAUGACAUGUUCAAUUAUCAAAAUUCUGGAAGAUAAUGUGCUCUUAGUUGAGCUUUUUGAUUCUCUUGGUCCUCCUGAAAUGACAACUACCAGUAUUAAUGACCAGCUAGUCAAAGAGGGCCUUGCAUCUUAUGAAAUAGGAUACAUCCUGAAAGAUAAUUCUCAAAAGCAUAUUGAAGUUUGGGAUCCUUCUCCAGAAGAAAUUAUUUCAAAUGAAGUACACAACUUAAACCCUGUGUCUGCAAAAUAUCUACCUAAUGAGAAUUUUCAGUCACUUUAUAAUAAGGAAUUGCCUGUGCAUAUCUGUAAUGUAAUAUCUCCUGAGAAGAUUUAUGUUCAGUGGUUGUUAACUGAAAACUUACUUAAUAGUUUAGAAGAAAAGAUGAUAGCUGCCUAUGAAAACUCAAAAUGGGAACCUGUUAAAUGGGAAAAUGAUAUGCACUGUGCUGUUAAGAUCCAAGAUAAAAAUCAGUGGCGAAGAGGCCAGAUCAUCAGAAUGGUUACAGACACAUUGGUAGAGGUCUUGCUGUAUGACGUGGGUGUUGAACUAGUAGUGAAUGUUGACUGUUUAAGAAAACUUCAAGAAAAUCUAAAGGCAAUGGGAAGACUCUCUUUGGAAUGUUCUCUGGUAGACAUAAGACCAGCUGGUGGGAGUGACAAGUGGACAGCAACAGCUUGUGACUGUCUUUCAUUGUACCUGACUGGAGCUGUAGCAACUAUAAUCUUACAGGUGGAUAGUGAGGAAAACAACACAACAUGGCCAUUACCUGUGAAAAUUUUCUGCAGAGAUGAAAAAGGAGAGCGUGUUGAUGUUUCUAAAUAUUUGAUCAAAAAGGGUUUGGCUUUGAGAGAAAGGAGAAUUAAAUUAGAUAACAGCCAUUCAUUAUCUGAGAAGUCUCUGGAAGUCCCCCUGGAACAAGAAGAUUCAGUAGUUACUAACUGUAUUAAAACUCACUUUGACCCUGACAAGAAAACUGCUGACAUAAUCAGUGAACAGAAAGUAUCUGAAUUUCAGGAGGAAAUUCUAGAACCAAGAACCACUAGAGGGUAUAAACCACCAGCUAUUCCUAACAUGAAAGUAUUUGAGGCAACAGUCAGCUGUGUUGGUGAUGAUGGAACUAUAUUUGUGGUACCUAAACUAUCAGAAUUUGAGCUAAUCAAAAUGACAAAUGAAAUUCAGAGUAAUUUAAAAUGCCUUGGUCUUUUGGAGCCUUAUAUCUGGAAAAAAGGAGAAGCAUGUGCAGUAAGAGGAUCCGAUACUCUGUGGUAUCGUGGCAAGGUGAUGGAGGUUGUAGGUGGCGCCGUCAGAGUACAAUAUUUAGAUCAUGGAUUCACUGAAAAGAUUCCACAGUGCCAUCUUUACCCUAUUUUGCUGUAUCCUGAUAUACCCCAGUUCUGUAUUCCUUGUCAGCUCCAUAAUACCACACCUGUUGGGAAUGUCUGGCAACCAGAUGCAAUAGAAGUUCUUCAACAACUGCUUUCAAAGAGAGAGGUGGACAUUCACAUCAUGGAAUUACCUAAAAAUCCAUGGGAGAAAUUGUCUAUUCACCUCUAUUUUGAUGGAAUGUCACUUUCUUAUUUUAUGGCAUACUAUAAAUAUUGUACUUCUGAACAUACUGAGGAGAUGUUGAAAGAAAAACCAAGAUCAGAUCAUGAUAAAAAGUAUGAAGAGGAACAGUGGGAAAUAAGGUUUGAGGAAUUGCUUUCGUCUGAAACAGACACUCCUCUUUUACCACCAUAUUUGUCUUCGUCUCUGCCUUCCCCAGGAGAACUCUGUGCUGUUCAAGUCAAGCACGUUAUCUCACCUAAUGAAGUGUAUAUUUGCCUUGAUUCUAUAGAAACUUGUAACCACUCUAACCAGCAUAGUGACACAGAUGAUAGUGGAGUCAGCGGGGAAUCGGAAUCCGAGAGCCUUGAUGAAGCACUGCAGAGGGUUAAUAAGAAGGUAGAGGCACUUCCUCCUCUGACGGAUUUUAGAACAGAAAUGCCUUGCCUUGCAGAAUAUGAUGAUGGCUUAUGGUAUAGAGCGAAGAUUGUUUCCAUUAAAGAAUUUAAUCCUUUAUCUAUCCUAGUACAAUUUGUUGAUUAUGGAUCAACUGCAAAGCUGACAUUAAACAGACUGUGCCAAAUUCCUCCUCAUCUUAUGCGGUAUCCAGCUCGAGCCAUAAAGGUUCUCUUGGCAGGGUUUAAACCUCCCUUAAGGGAUCUAGGGGAGACAAGAAUACCAUAUUGUCCCAAAUGGAGUAUGGAGGCACUGUGGGCUAUGAUAGACUGUCUUCAAGGAAAACAACUGUAUGCUGUGUCCAUGGCUCCGGCACCAGAACAGAUAGUGACGUUAUAUGACGAUGAGCAGCAUCCAGUUCAUAUGCCAUUAGUAGAAAUGGGGCUUGCAGAUAAAGAUGAAUAAGUGCCUAAGUGUAUACAGUGCAGAGCAUCUAUAGAAGCUUAGAAGAAAGUUUUCUGUUAUGUUUAGACUAUGUCUUACAUUUAGACUAUUUCAGGCUUAAUUUUCUUAACUUGUUCAGCAAUAGUGCUUUACCUCUCCUCAUUUUUACAUAUCGAGCUGUUAGGAAUUGUGUGGAAAAAAAAAGUUAAUAAAUGUUUGCUU